UUCAUGCUGCUUAAAUAUCAAUAUCAUCUUCCUUUUCCGUAAAGACUAUCCAGUAUCCACGUAGAAUCUUAGAGUGCAAUUGAAGAAGAAACUCUCAUUGGCUCUUUAAUCUCCAGAUGCACAUAUAUCUAAGGUCUACUAGAUGUUCACUUCCCAGCAUUCAUUUAUCAACUUGUGACCAGAUUCAGAAUGCAGCUGCCAAUGUCUAUUGCCGUUUUCUUUGUAAUCUUGCCUUCCAUUUUGUAUGGGAUUAAUGUAGAAGCUCAUCAAGUAACAUUCUACAUUCACAACAAAUGCCCCUUUCCAAUAUGGCCAGCAACAGCACCAAACAGUGGCCAACCAGUGAUAGCAGAGGGUGGAUUCUACCUUGCCUCAGGCCAAACACAGCGUGUGGUAGCACCAUGGACAUGGAGUGGUAGAAUUUGGGCUAGAACAGGCUGCAAUUUCGCUUCGAACUGGAAACCGGCUUGUGAAACUGGGGACUGUGAUGGAAGACUUGCUUGCAAUGGACUCAUAGGUACUCCUCCAGUCACACUAGUUGAGUUCUCACUUCAAGGUGGUAGAGGGAAGCCGAAUUUCUAUGAUGUGAGCAUUGUUGACGGCUACAACAUCCCUGUUUCUGUCACACCAAAGAUCACAAACCCCAAGUGCACUAUUCAAGGGUGCUUGAAGGAUCUCAAAAGCUGUUGCCCUCAUGAGCUUGAGGUUUUAAAUGCCAAGGGAGAGGUUGUGGCGUGCAAAAGCGCUUGCUUGGCUUUCGAUAAUGACAAGUUCUGUUGUAGGAAUGAAUAUGGCAGCCCUGAGAAAUGCAAGCCAAGUGUGUACUCAAAAAUUUUCAAGGAUGCUUGUCCCAGUUAUUUUAGCUAUGCUUUUGACACACCUAGUCCAUUGGUGAGUUGUGGAUCUUCAGAGUAUAUAAUAACAUUUUGUCCUUCUGGUUGGGGUGAUGCUGGUGAGCACAAAUCUCAGUAGAAAGUGUUUAAACCUGCAUUGGCUUAGCAGGAUUAGAAGUUGGUGAUGAAUCAAAUCAGCAUUUGAUUUUUAAGGCACUCUUUGAUAUAUUGCUAUCAAACUAUGUACUUCAAAUUGAUUAUUGCUAUUAUUGUUACCUUAUAAGAUACUUGUAAAGUGUCUAGUUCAGGGGCACUAGUUAACUGUAGCAGCUUGAUGAAGAACACAUUCCCCCCUUCCCUCUGCAACCCUUUUCUUUGUCACUAAUAUUAAUAUUAAACAUACUCCUAGAUAAAUAAA